AUGGAAGGUGAAGUUACAAAGCGCAAUUCGAAAUCCCAUCACGUCAAUUUCGCUUUCGAUGGUGGUCAAGAAUGGGGAAUGGGCAUGGAAGACAAGUUUGGAACGAUGCACGACCUUGGGACACCCUACGAUCCGUCUUCCGAAUAUCCCGCGGAGACGAGUACUAAGGCAGAUAAACUUAGUUGUUGGAAGCAGUGUACACGUGGCAUCCGAUCAUGCACCAUUUCUCCUUGUCGGGCUAGACAAAUUAUGGAAGGUGAAGUUACAAAGCGCAAUUCGAAAUCCCAUCACGUCAAUUUCGCUUUCGAUGGUGGUCAAGAAUGGGGAAUGGGCAUGGAAGACAAGUUUGGAACGAUGCACGACCUUGGGACACCCUACGAUCCGUCUUCCGAAUAUCCCGCGGAGACGAGUACUAAGGCAGAUAAACUUAGUUGUUGGAAGCAGUGUACACGUGGCAUCCGA